GCAACAAAGUUGCCACUGCUGCCCCGCGCGCGCGCGCACGUCCCGCGCCUCGGCCGAGCCAACUUCUCGAGCCCACGCCGCCCGGGUCCCCGCGGUCCUCUCUCCCCCCACCCCCCGGCGCGCGCGGGGCAGAGCUUAGGUGGCGGCGGCGGCCGAGGUGGCGGCGAAAGGGGCGGCGGCGGCGGCGGCGGCGGCCGCUGCAGCCUCACACUCGGUCGCCAAGCUGGACGAGCGACGGAAGCCCGAUCCCAGGAGGAUGGAGGAUGAAGCUGUCCUGGACAGAGGGGCUUCCUUCCUUAAACAUGUGUGUGAUGAAGAAGAAGUAGAAGGCCACCACACCAUCUAUAUUGGGGUCCAUGUGCCCAAGAGCUACCGGAGAAGGAGACGUCACAAGAGAAAGGCAGGGCACAAGGAGAAGAAGGAAAAGGAAAGGAUCUCUGAGAACUACUCAGACAAAUCAGAUGUGGAAAAUGCCGACGAAUCCAGCAGCAGCAUCCUCAAGCCACUCAUCUCUCCUGCCGCAGAACGCAUCCGAUUCAUCUUGGGAGAGGAAGAUGACAGCCCAGCGCCUCCUCAGCUAUUCACUGAACUUGAUGAGCUGCUGGCUGUGGAUGGACAGGAGAUGGAAUGGAAGGAGACAGCGAGGUGGAUUAAGUUCGAAGAAAAAGUGGAGCAGGGUGGGGAGCGAUGGAGCAAACCCCACGUGGCCACCUUGUCGCUGCACAGCUUGUUCGAGCUGAGGACGUGUAUGGAGAAAGGCUCCAUCAUGCUUGACCGGGAGGCAUCUUCUCUGCCACAGCUGGUGGAGAUGAUCGCUGACCACCAGAUCGAGACAGGCCUCCUGAAACCUGACCUUAAGGAUAAGGUCACGUACACUUUGCUUCGGAAACACCGACAUCAAACCAAGAAAUCCAACCUUCGGUCCCUGGCUGACAUCGGCAAGACGGUCUCCAGUGCAAGUAGGAUGUUUACCAACCCUGAUAAUGGUAGCCCAGCCAUGACCCAUAGGAAUCUGACAUCCUCCAGUCUGAAUGACAUUUCUGAUAAACCAGAGAAGGACCAGCUGAAGAAUAAGUUUAUGAAAAAACUGCCACGUGAUGCGGAAGCCUCCAACGUGCUUGUUGGGGAGGUUGACUUCUUGGACACUCCCUUCAUUGCCUUUGUUCGGCUGCAGCAGGCUGUCAUGCUGGGCGCCCUGACUGAGGUCCCUGUGCCCACAAGGUUCUUGUUCAUUCUCUUAGGUCCAAAGGGGAAAGCCAAGUCCUACCAUGAGAUUGGACGAGCCAUCGCCACCUUGAUGUCUGAUGAGGUGUUCCACGACAUCGCUUACAAAGCAAAGGAUAGGCACGACCUGAUUGCUGGCAUUGAUGAGUUCCUAGAUGAAGUCAUUGUCCUUCCACCUGGGGAAUGGGACCCUGCCAUUAGGAUAGAGCCUCCAAAGAGCCUCCCAUCAUCUGACAAAAGAAAGAAUAUGUAUUCAGGUGGCGAGAAUGUUCAGAUGAAUGGGGACACACCUCAUGAUGGAGGACAUGGAGGAGGAGGACAUGGCGAUUGCGAAGAACUACAGAGGACUGGCCGGUUCUGUGGUGGAUUAAUUAAGGACAUAAAGAGAAAAGCACCAUUUUUUGCCAGCGACUUUUAUGAUGCUUUAAAUAUCCAGGCUCUUUCAGCGAUUCUCUUCAUUUAUCUGGCAACGGUGACCAACGCCAUCACUUUUGGAGGUCUGCUCGGGGAUGCCACCGACAACAUGCAGGGAGUGUUGGAGAGUUUCCUGGGCACGGCUGUCUCUGGAGCCAUCUUUUGCCUUUUUGCGGGUCAACCGCUCACCAUCUUGAGCAGCACGGGACCUGUUUUGGUGUUUGAGAGACUUCUGUUUAAUUUCAGCAAGGACCAUAAUUUUGACUACUUGGAGUUUCGUCUUUGGAUUGGCCUGUGGUCGGCCUUCAUGUGUCUCUUUCUGGUGGCCACUGAUGCCAGCUUCCUGGUUCAGUAUUUCACUCGUUUCACAGAAGAAGGUUUCUCCUCUCUGAUCAGCUUCAUCUUCAUCUACGACGCUUUCAAGAAGAUGAUCAAGCUAGCUGAUUACUAUCCCAUCAACUCUGACUUUAAAGUGGGUUACAACACUCACUUCUCCUGCGCUUGCCUGCCGCCCGACCCAGUUAAUCUCUCAAUAUCUAAUGAUACCAUGCUAGCCCCAGAGGACCUGCCAACUGUUUCUUCCACUGACAUGUACCAUAAUGCUACCUUUGACUGGGCCUAUUUGUCGAAGAAAGAGUGUUUGAAGUAUGGAGGAAAGCUUGUGGGAAACAACUGUGAUUUUGUUCCUGAUAUCACACUCAUGUCAUUCAUCCUCUUCCUGGGCACUUACACCUCUUCUAUGGCUAUGAAAAAAUUCAAAACCAGUCGCUAUUUUCCAACCACAGCAAGAAAACUGAUCAGUGAUUUUGCCAUUAUAUUGUCUAUUCUCAUAUUCUGUGUAAUAGAUGCUCUAGUAGGUGUGGACACCCCAAAACUAAUUGUGCCAAGUGAGUUCAAGCCAACAAGUCCUAACCGAGGCUGGUUUGUCCCACCGUUUGGAGGAAACCCUUGGUGGGUGUACCUUGCCGCUGCUAUCCCGGCCUUGUUAGUCACCAUUCUGAUUUUUAUGGACCAGCAAAUCACGGCUGUGAUUGUGAACAGGAAAGAACAUAAGCUCAAGAAGGGAGCUGGGUACCACCUGGAUCUGUUUUGGGUCGCCAUCCUCAUGGUAGUGUGCUCCUUCAUGGCUCUUCCCUGGUAUGUGGCAGCUACUGUCAUCUCCAUUGCUCACAUUGACAGUCUGAAGAUGGAGACCGAGACUUCUGCACCUGGAGAACAACCAAAGUUUCUGGGAGUGAGGGAACAAAGAGUCACUGGAACGCUUGUGUUUAUUCUGACUGGCCUUUCGGUCUUCAUGGCUCCCAUCUUGAAGUUUAUCCCUAUGCCUGUUCUGUAUGGAGUGUUCCUGUAUAUGGGUGUGGCCUCACUCAAUGGGGUGCAGUUCAUGGACCGUAUCAAGCUGCUUCUGAUGCCCCUGAAGCAUCAGCCUGACUUCAUCUACCUGCGCCACGUCCCCCUCCGCCGAGUCCACCUGUUCACCUUCCUGCAGGUGCUGUGCCUGGCCCUGCUCUGGAUCCUCAAGUCAACAGUGGCUGCUAUCAUUUUUCCAGUCAUGAUCCUGGCACUUGUAGCUGUCAGAAAAGGUAUGGACUACCUCUUCUCCCAGCAUGACCUCAGCUUCCUUGAUGACGUCAUUCCAGAAAAGGACAAGAAAAAGAAGGAGGACGAGAAGAAAAAGAAAAAGAAGAAAGGAAGUUUGGAUAGUGACAAUGAUGAUGUAAGGAAUACUCCAAACUCUUCGUGUAAAGCCACCUAAAGUGACAGAUGUGGAAAAUGUCCCUUUGAUUCCUAGUGUGAAGCAGAGUGCUAAAGACCCCAAAUGUUUACCUGACCUAGCACUCAUCUCACCC